UGUUACUCUGAAACCACUCAUUUUACAGUAGUUUAUCAUUUUAAUUUGUUUGCUUUUGUAUAAACAAAAACAAUUACUGAAAUUUCAUAUAACUUUUCCAAAGUUUGCUUAUGAGAAUAUCAUGUAGGACUGCAUCAGAAGCCUUACUAAAAUCAAGAUAUAUCCCGUCUACUGGUUCUUCCCCAUCCUCUAGGUCAGUAACCCUCUCAAAGAAGGAAAUUAGGUUGAUUUUUGGCAUGAUUUAUUUUUGACAAAUUUAUGCUGGCUAUUCCUUAUAAACCUGUUAUCCUCUGGAUGCUUAAAAAUUCAUUGUUUAAUCAUUUGUUCCAGUAUCUUUCCAGGUAUCAAAGUUAGGCUGAGUGGUCUAUAAUUCUCUGGGACAUCUUUGUUCCCUUUUUAAAAACAUUGGUAAUAUGUUUGCCCCUCUCCAAUCAUCUAGGACCUCACCUGUCGUCCAAGAUAAUUGCUAAGGUUCCAAGAUUGCUCCAGCUAUUUCUUUAAGUAUCCUAGGAUGAAUUUCAUCAAGUCCUGCCAUCUAAACUACACCUAACUUAUCUAAAUAUUCUUUAACCUGUUAUUUUUCUAUUUUGGCUUGUAUACCUUCCCCCUUGUUAAUUUUCGUUAUGUUGAGUAACUUGGCAGUUUUUCAGAGGGGGCUUGGCUACACUUGUGAGUUACAGUGCAUUAAAGGAGCCCUGGGCACACUAGCUCACUACCCGGGCACACUGGCAAGGCACGUAGAGUGCACUGACUCCACGGCUGGUCCGUUCCUGGUACUCCACCUCGGCGAGUGGAAUAACGUUUUGUGCUCCCCCACUGGAGUGCCGCGGCGCCAGUGUGGAUGCCGUGGUCUGUUACUGCACUCUGAUCGGCCUCCAGAAGUGUCCCACAAUGCCUGUUCUAGCCAUUCUGGUCAUCACUUUGAACUCUACUGCCCUGCCCUCAGAUGAUCAACCAUCAGACCCGCCCUUUAAAUUCUCUGGGAAUUUUGAAAAUUCCCUUCCUGUUUGCUCAGCCAGGGGUGGAGCGCUCUCAUCGAAGUUUUCCAGGUGACUAUGCCUCCACGUGCCAAGAGAUCCCCAGUAUGGAGCAAUGGCAAGGUGAGGGACCUCAUCAGUGUUUGCGGGGAGGAAGCUGUCCAGUCCCAACUGCACUCCUGCCAUAGGAAUUAUGAUACCUUCGGGCAGAUAUCAAGAGACAUGAUGGAAAGGGGCCAUGACCGGGACGCACUGCAGUGCAGGAUUAAAGUGAAGGAGCUGCAGAAUGCCUACCGCAAAGCCCAUGAGGCAAACAGCUGCUCCAGUGCUGCCCCUGCGACCUGCCGUUUCCACAAAGAGCUGGACGUGAUACUUGGGGCCGACCUCACCUACACUCUGAGUACCACCAUGGACACUUCAGAGCCCAGUUCAGCAAGGCGAGAGGAGGAGCAGCAGCAGCAAAGCAGGAGCGAGGGUGCUGAGGCGGAGAAAGACACUCCGCAAUCCCUAGAUGCAUGCAGUCAGGAGCUGUUUUCAAGCCAGGAGGAAGGUAGCCAGUCGCGGUGGCCGGUGCUUGGGGAAGGACAAACACCAGAGGAGGUUCCCAGUGCAACCGUGAGAUCUCAGCCGUCCGUGUUAUCACUGGCCGAAAGACUCCAAAGAAUCAGAAAGAGGCCAUGUAGAAGCAAGGAAGACAUGUUGCAUGAAGUAAUGCAGCAUUCAAGUAACGAAAACUCAAAAAGUGCAGGAGUGGCAGGACAGUGAAAGGAGGAUCCGCCAGCAGAAUGAGGAGCACUGGCACAAAAGUUCAGUGCUCCAGCAGCAAAGCACGGAUCAGCUGAUAAGCAUAAUGGAGUGCCAAGCAGACUCAAUCCAGGCACUCGUAGCCAUGCAGGCGGAACACUACUGUGCGCUCCCCGCAGCCCUUGUCCCAAAACUCUUUCCCUUGUGCCCCCAUGUCACCUCCAACCCACUUUCCCCAACAUCCGGGUUCUUACCGCCACCAGCUACCUCCAACACCUGUAGCUUCACCACCCAGCCCUGAAAAUAUGACCCUUACCCUCUGCACUCAACCCCCAUCACCAUGCAGUAUAGCCAUCCUGAAGUGCAGGACUCAUUGCACAGCACUCCAGCCAGAAAGGCUUAGUAUGAUAACAGGACAUAUGCAAAUCUUGAUUGUACCAUUCCCCACCCCACCCCCUUGCCCUUUCAGUUUCCCAAGCAGUUGUGUUUCUUUUCAAUAAAUGGAUUUUUUGGCUUUGAAAACAUUCUUUAUUAUUGCAUAAAGUAAAAGAUACCUUAGACCAGGAAAGAAACAGGCACCGCAAGUCAGCGUAGCAAACACAGAUUCCUAUUAACAUUGGAACCACUGAACUUCACUCCCGUGCAGGGCACCAGACAUUACUGGUGGCUUUCAGCCCCAAAUUGCUUCCUCAAGCCAUCCCUAAUCCUUUCAGCCUCACGCUGGGCCCCUGUAAUAGCCCUGCUCUCUGGCUGUUCAAAUUCAGCUUCCAGG